CACAACUCACACACAAACACACCCCCCCACACCCCUCCCUCAUUGCUGACUGAUCACAUCCUGGAGGCACAGGCGGUUACUGGGUCACAUGCUGUUGGCUGUUGGCUAUUUGCUGAGUUGGGAAGAAAGAGAGAGUUUGAGAAGUUGAGGCCUCGGUUUGAGAGUGAGUGAGAGAGUGAGAGAGUGAGUGAGAGUUGCAGUGUUGACCCUCUGUGUCUGUGUCUCAGAUCCACAAUCGAUCCCUUUUUACAGAAGACAAACCCCAGAACUCGGCUCCAGUGACGGGAAAUGGAGAUCGCGGCAAAGAUCACUUCGGGGUUUAAGAUGAACCUGGAGCCGCUCCGGGAGCCGCUGGGGUUCAUCAAGGUGUUGGAGUGGGUUUUUGCCAUUUUUGCCUUUGCGACGUGCGGAGGUUACUCGGGACAGAGUGUGGUCAAUAUGACAUGUCCGGAGGUCAUACCCUUGGAAACCACUCAAAUCGUUGUCAGCUUCAGUUACCCUUUCAGAUUAAACAAGAUCGCUUACGAUGCUCCGGGCUGUAUAAACCACACGGAGCCACAGAAGCUCUAUCUCCAGGGCGACUUGUCUCCGUCCUCAGAGUUCUUUGUGACGAUCGGGGCGUUUGCUUUCCUGUGCAGCCUGGCUGCCCUGGUGCUGUACCUGGGCUACCACAGCACCUACCAGGCCAGCAAGAAGCUGCCCAUCGCUGACUUCCUGCUGACUGUGCUGUUUGCCUUCCUGUGGCUGGUGUCCUCCUCAGCCUGGGCCCAGGGCCUGACUGACCUGAAAUUCGCCACAGCCCCCAGCAACAUCAUCAGCUCCAUCAACCUGUGUCAGAAACAACUGGACGCCUGUACCCCGGGGCAACUGCCCAUCAUGGGCCGGCUCAAUGCCUCCGUGAUAUUCGGCUUUAUGAACGUCAUCCUGUGGGUUGGGAACGGCUGGUUUGCUUACAAAGAGACAAUCUGGCACAAGCCAACAGAGCAGCAGAGCCCAGAGGAGCCAGGGAACAUCACAUUGCCCUGAGUGCCUGAUCCCGGCCCCUCACUGUAGCCUCGUGCCCCCUAUUGCCCCCAUCCCCCUCUCCCCCUUCCCCCCCAUCCCC